GCACCAGGGUGUGGCGUAUUUACCUCGUAAUAAGCUAAAGUAAACAUUAAGCAACGUGCGCGAUGGCUAGCUGGAAGUUAAAAUUAAGUGAUUUAUAAAAAAAGCUCUCUCAUCGCGGUGACGACUUCCCUCCAAGCCGACGACGAAACUCGUUUUGUGUCCCCUCCUCGCAAGGACUUUUGCCACUUUGCCAAAGCCGCCUCUGUAGGAGUGGUCGGUCAUCCGGAGGUUGGGAGCGAUGAAAACGAUAAGUUUGUUCGGGUGAGCUUAGUAUCUGUUGGUGAUCGUUGGCAGAAAGAAGUGUUUUGCGGAAUUUUGACGGCGAAAAAGCACGUGUCAACAGCAGCGGCUAUCAAGAAAGUUUACGUAACCCACGGUGCACGUGUGAAAUUGGUUGGAAAAAUUACUGACCCACAGCCGCAGGGGGUCGUGAAGAAGAAGAAAAAAGCGAUAAAGCGCAGUGAAACAGUGAAAAAGAAAAAUUAAAAUCAUCAACCGGAAAGUAAGCCACUAGUGAGAAAACGACAGUGAGAAGUGAGAAAAGAUUGGAAGAUCUAGUGAGUGGUGAAAAUGCGGGAAAACUUCUUCCUGCUGGUGGGGACGGCCUGCGUUCUGGUGGGUCUUCAGGUGGCCCGAUCGGAGCUCAGUGCGGACGAGGUUGAAUACGACGAGGAAGGCUUCUGGAUCGGACACGGGCUGGGCAGUAGAAAAGAGGGUGACGAAAUCCUCAAGAUCCUGUACAAAUCGGUGGGUCCGUUCAGCGAACCACAAAAUGUCACCCUGGUGGAAAAGUUCAACGCUGGCGACGGAGAAAGCAUCACUUUCACGCAGUUCAACUCGUCGAAGGUCCUCACAUACUUCCGCGAGGUGGUGCUGGACUUUAACCCGAAGAACUUCUACAUCAAGCUGAACCUGUACAACAUCACGAACCUGCGGCUACAGCGAACCGUGUACGGCCACCGGUCACCAAACGCGCUCAAGAGACGAUCGAAUCUCGUCUGAGGAAAAAAAACACGCCACUGAGUAGUUGUAUAGAUUUAGGGCAUCGCAGCUAAGACUAGCAUGUAGGCAACCCUAGAAGUAUUAUAAAACUGUUUAGCUGAUAGAUCGUCUAGGAGUUAAGUUUAAUCACCGAUAAUACCCCGUUUCAAACGCGAAGUAUUUUGCUAGGACUCACAAAACCAAAAAGAAGUAUGUUGAAACUUGAAUCGUUUGUAGUAUUUUAUAGAAGAAGAAAA